AUGGAACACGGUCCCGCGUCUCGGAUCCUGCUCGUUCCGUCCUCUGGAACGCUAGGGAUCCAAUUAAUCAAACGCAUCACAAGUGCGCAAGACGAUCAGCUUGAAGAGGAUACAGUCCAAUGGACAAUCUCCAAUAAGUACUAUACAGCUGAUGUUCACUUUCGCCGUGCAAACUGGGAGUACAUUGCCCAGGAGUUGGAACCCGGCAUCCCUGCGGUCGUUGUGCUCUGGGAGAAUGGCGAGGACUAUCAAGAUGCCCUUGUUCGGCUCACCGCCCAUGGUGGGCGGAUGAAUGCUGAGGUGCUGCUCGCAGCUGUCAUCGGCGCCACGGAAGGGGAUCUGGAGCAAAUAGAAGACGCAGUGUCCGAUGCUGGAUUUGAGUUUAUCAAUCUUGGCACCUCUAUCUCCGAGUCGCAGAACGAAGGGUAUGAUCGCAUCGUCGAGGCACUUCAAACAGUUCUAUGGCCCAAUAUGCAGAUGAAGAGACAUUCCCGUCCACAUCACCGCUCCCAACUUUCCACUGCUUCAAUCUCAGCUGAGCAGAUGCGCAAAGAAGAUGGGCCAAAUCCGAACACUGAUAAUGAAAAGAAAGUGAUUGAAGCGCAGUCAGAUGCUGACGACCCUUGGCCCAAACGAACCUCCUCUACGGAUCCAACUGGGGCGCAAGCCGGUGGAGGAGCACGUUUCGACGACGAUUUCACUGAAUUCAUAUCUGCUCCAUCCUCAACCGCUCACGCUGUUUCCACUACCCCCGGUGACGCGCCAGAACAACAAGCAGCUUCCGACUCUGACGAAGACUUUCCCCUUCCUGGAGACGAAGAGGAUUACAAAGAACUUUUAGACGACGAGAUGCCUUCGAAAGAAGAAAUUAUGCAGGCUUCUCAACGCAUCUUUGGCGCCUCCUUCACUGCUGACCCCCGUUAUGACAAGGAUGGAAACAUAGAGGAAGGAGAGGAAGAAACGCACGGAGAAUUUGAUUUGGGAAGCAUCAUGGGUGCGUUGCAGAAUAUGAAGGAGGAGAUAGCGGGUAUUACCGACGAAGAUGAGAAACGCAAGGCGGCAGCACGUGUGGCGCUCGGACUCGUGUGGGGUUUAGAGCGCGGUAUGUAA